UUUACAGUAUGAUUUAAAAAACAAAACUUGUGCAAAAGGUGCUUUAAAUAAAUUAUAAUCAAACUAAAUAAAUUGCCCGGUAUGUAUGCAAAUAAUAAAAGUAUACCCACAAUUGAAUUAAUCAAAUGGACAUUUCAAAUUUUAAUAACAAUAAUCAAUCAACAAAUACAGCAGUUGUUACAUCAACAAUCGGUCAAAUAUUACCCAAUACAGUUGGUCUAGACACAGUACGCGCGCUACAUCAAACUGUUGUCUCAUUACGUGCCGCUUUAGAAAAUUCACAAGUUGAACUAUCACGAUUACGUGAUAAAAUCAAGCAUCGUGCCGAGUAUCGAGACGCAAUCGAGAAAUUAUCGAUAGAAAAUCAUAUAUUACGUCGUAAAAUUAUCCAAAACGAAGAUUCAUCAAAUGAACAAAUUUGUAUGGCGGGUACAAACGAGUUAACAUCGCCAAAUUUAAAUAAAAAUGCUACAACACCCUCUGAAGAUAUUCCCACUCCACGACGUCCAGAAUUAAAUAGCAUCCCAACAAUUGAAUUACCUGAUACAGACAAAUCAGAAAAAUCAUUAGAAUUUCAACAAUCAAAUCAAUCCAAAUCGAAUUUAAGUAUCGAAAGAGAUUUAGAAAAUCUAAGUUUAAAAUCUUAUUCGGAAGGUGAUAAUUCUGUUUUUAGUGAUAAUGAAAAUGUGGCCCCACCUAAAAAUGAUUCUGAAAAUGAGAGCGAAGAAGUUGAUGACAUUGAAUUAAUAUUUACAACUGAAGAAACAAAGGAAUUGGGUCCGCUACAAGAGGAUUUAGUUUCGAUAACCGAACCGGAACAAAGUAAGGAAAGUGAUACGGAUACUCCUAUUUUAGUAAAUUAUAAAACCGCUGAUUUUGAUUCCGGGGAUAUAAAUGGUGGUGGUACUGCCGAAAAUUCUGAUGACGAUGUUUUUGUCACGGAUAAUAAAGAUAAUUUAGAUGUGCUAGGUCCGAGGGGUCCCGGAAGUGAUAUCAGUAAACAACGUAGUAUCGAAAGUCAAGAUUCAUUUAUCGAUAGAUCAUUUGAAAAAGAUGAAAGUUUCGAUCAAUUUGAUGAAAAAGAGAAAAAAUUACAAAAAAUGUGGUCACAAUGCUCCGUACUCGUUGAAACGGAUAUUUCAAAGUGCGGUGUUCUUGACGAUUCUGAAAUGCCAAAUUUAGCAAGUAGACGCAAUACAUGUCCAAAUCCAUUAGCUUAUCGACCAGUAAUUUAUCGUGAUAAUUUUAUGAAAGCAACAAUUCAACCUACUCCAGCUUCCACGUCCGGAGCUCGCAAAUAUUACCGAACUAGAAAUUCAUUUCAAAGUUCAUCAAUAAGACCAAUUUUAAACGAAAAAAGUGCGUUAAAAACUGAAUCGGAAGCACAAACUGAUAUUUCAGCGUUGCCAUGUCCAUGGAAAUCGGAAAGUUAUCUAGCACAUAAAGUUGCUCAUAAUUUUACAACGCUACCUUCAAAAUUUGCGUUACCAAUUUAUCAACAGCCAAAAAUACGACUAUCAGAGAAAACGCAAGAAGCACGCCGGGUAUUGUUAUCGGAUAUAAAUUUUACAAGUAUGGUGCCAGAAUUAUCAAGAUCUGCGGAUCAUUUGUGCCAAGAGGAAAUUGAAAAUAUACCACCAUCAACAUACCAUACACGUGGACAAUAUUUACGCACACCAGAAGCACAUAGAAAAUAUGAUACGUCAGACAUUUUAACAUCGCCAAAUUUUGGUAAAUAUUAUUCACCAAGUGACUAUUCAAAUUUUGGAUCCAGCCGUUUCGAUAGCAGUAUGCAUGGUAUGAAUCGUUACCGUGGCUCGUUAACUUCUAUAACAUCACCAAGUCAGUAUGAUAUUGGACGUCAUAAUAAUUAUUGGCGGUCAAAUGUUCCGCAAUCGUUUGAUGGUAGUUCGAGGGCUCGAUUUUCUUACAGUUCUAGGCCAACAUUUGGAUCAGUUCCAACUUCACCAACGCGACAUCAUCGAAGUCGUUCCGUGCCACAUGUUCAACGUUCAAUCGAUUCAACAUCAAGUCGUUAUAGUUUUGGCCGAAGUUAUUCACGACCAACUUCACAAUGGGGCUUCGGACAACGUAAUAAAACACGAUCUCGUGUCACUUUUGAAGAUACAAAUUUGCGCUGUAAUUCACGUACAAAUCAUUCUCUACCUGAUUUACGUAGCGAUAGUUACGAUAGUGGAGGUGAUUCAACAGAUUCACUUGUCGAAGAGGCCGAACACUUUUUGCGGCGAUCAAUUGAUUGUAUGGUGAGUGGAGGCCCCAUGGGACACACUUGUGAAGAUUGGAAGACGGAACGAUCUCGUGUUCGUCGAGCAUCCGCUCCAGAUCCUGUUCGAGAAACUGAUCCGCCUGCGGGAGCUACUCCAUACUUACCACGUAUUCCAAGAGAUUUACGACUUGGUCAUUGGGUAAAGGUGAUUGGACCUGAAGGUCGAGUUCGUGGUGGAAGGGUUCGACACGUGGGUAUUUUAAUCGAUGAUAGUUCAUCAAUAAACACCGCAUACAUUGGCGUAGAAUUAGCUACGCCUACAGGGAAUAGUGAUGGGUCAUAUCAAGGAAAACGAUUUUUUGAUUGUGAACCGGAUCAUGCAAUAUUUGUGCCAUUUAAAAAAGUUAUUAUGGCCUGGAAUACUUGACAAUGUACGGGUGCAUGUGUUCGUUAAAAUCAAAGUUGUUUGGCCUUAAGUUGGUGUAUCAAGAAUUCAAAAUUCAUUUUUACUUAACGAAACAUAAUCUUUUUGCUUUCAAAUUCAACAAAAAACUUGAUAUUCCAUCUUAAAUUUGUUUCAAAAAGGUUUUUAAUUUUUGUUACUGACACAUUGGCGCUAAAUAUUGAUUUUUUUAAGGUUAUGUAUCAACCAACGAAGAUGACAUUUGAUCACGUGAUAAUUUAAAAACGGUUCUAAUAUUUUCUCGCGGUUUUUACCGUAGAAUGAUCGUCUGACUUUAUUCCAAAGCGAAGCAAUAGUCGCAAUAAUAAACUAUGAAUCAUUUAAUAGAAAAUAGAAAUUAAUAAAUAUUUGAUUUUUGACAGUUCUGAAACAUAACCUCAUAAAAAUAAACAUUUUACGAAUGUGUACAGAUUGAACCAUAUAAUUAAAUAAUACAAACUAGAUUCUAAUAAUCUUUCAAAUAUACAGGGAUUUGAAAUUAAAAGAAAUUCAUUAUAAGUCUCUCCCUUAAAGAAAACUUCAUCCCAAUUUGAGGGAGAAUAUAUUUUUUCAUUUCCUUUCAAAAAAAAUUUCGCAUUUUUAUUUUUGUACCUAUAAAAAUUCUGCAACAAGCGCCAUUUUUAAAUUUCAUUGAUCAUUGUUAGGUAUAAAAUACUUAAAAAUAAAAAUACUUAAUAAACGUAAUAAGUAGAUUACAUAAUAAUAAAAAAAAAUGUUAUUGUAAUUGUACUACAAAUAUAAAAUAUUUUAAAGAAAAAUCAGUAGCUCUCAGACGACGAGGGAUUACUGAUGCUAUGUAUAAUAUACAUAAAAUAAUAGUACAUUAUCUUCUCAGACCAUAAUAUGAAAUUAACAUACGAUAAUCAUACUUAAUUUUCUAUAUGACAGAAACUUUUUAAUUGAUUGCAUUGUUUAUUAGCAAAAAACUCUCACAAGGAACGAUCUCUACAGACUCUCAGUUAAAACGAUUGAUUUGUCAUGAAAAGAGGACAAUUCCUCUUUUUUCGAAGCCACGUUUGUUUAAUAUUUUAUCCGAACCUUUCUCAGAUCUUACACUUCUUCAGAUUUGAUCGGGAGGAGAGGCACCAGAAAUUGUGUAGUUUUUGUCGACUCCCGGCCGAAUAGUUUUUAUCGCAUAAAUCCUCCAGAGUUCAGUUUU